GGUCUCGGCCGAGCGGAGACACAUGGACAAGCGGCAGGACCCGAACGGCCACGUGGCAACAGCGAUGCCCGGCAUCGCGCCCACACCCCGCAGGCAAGAGAAGUUGCACGCGUUCCUCCGCAGGAACCUCGUGGUGAUCCUCACCGUGUCCGGGGUCCUGCUCGGCGUCGCACUCGGCAUGGCGCUCCGGGGCGUGCGGCUCAGCCGGGCACAUGUGACCUACGUGGCCUUCCCUGGGGAGAUGCUGCUGCGGAUGCUCCGGAUGGUCAUCCUGCCGCUGGUGGUGUGCAGCCUCGUGUCGGGCGCGGCCAGCCUGGACGCACGCUCCUUGGGCCGCUUGGGCGGGAUCGCGCUCUCCUACUUCUUGGCGACCACACUGGUGGCCUCGGCCAUCGGGAUCACGCUCGCCUUCGUCGUGCGGCCCGGCGAGGGCGCGGGGCACAGCGCCGCGGUGGCGCUCGAGGGCACGGCCGUGGGAGCGCGCAAGGACACCGUCGACUCCUUCCUGGACCUGGCGAGAAACUUGUUCCCAGCAAACCUCGUCGCUGCCGCCUUUCGGACGUACGCCACCGAUUACAAGAUGGUUGCCGUGGGAAACCUCACCAACGGAACCCUCACGUACCAGAAGGUCCCUGUGGGCGUCGACAUGGACGGCACCAACAUCCUGGGCCUCGUCCUGUUCGCCAUCGUGUUCGGCGUGGCACUACGCAAGCUGGGCGCCGAUGGCGAGGAGCUCACGCGCUUCUUCAGCUCGUUCAAUGAAGCCACCAUGGUGCUCAUCUCCUGGAUCAUGUGGUACGUGCCCGUUGGCAUCACCUUCCUGGUGGCCGGGAAGAUCGCGGAGAUGGAGGACGCGGUGCUGCUCGUGACGAGCCUUGGGAAGUACAUCUUCGCCUCCAUCCUGGGCCACGUGAUCCAUGGCGGCGUCGUGUUGCCCCUCAUCUACUUGACUUUCACCCGCAAGAACCCCUUCAGCUUCCUGUCGGGCCUCAUCGCGCCCUUCACCACGGCCUUUGCCACCUGCUCCAGCUCGGCUACGCUGCCCUCCAUGAUGAAGUGUGUGGAGGAGAACAACGGAGUGGACAAGCGCAUCAGCCGCUUCAUCCUGCCCAUUGGGGCCACGGUGAACAUGGACGGAGCUGCCAUCUUCCAGUGCGUUGCCGCCGUCUUCAUCGCCCAGCUGAACAACGUGCAGCUGGACGCGGGUCAGAUCUUCACCAUCCUUGUCACAGCCACCGCCUCCAGCGUGGGCGCAGCUGGGAUCCCGGCGGGGGGCAUCAUCACCAUCGCCAUCAUCCUGGAGGCCAUCGGACUGCCCACCGAGGACCUGUCGCUGAUGCUCGCAGUCGACUGGAUCGUGGACCGCACCACCACCGUGGUCAACGUGGAGGGGGAUGCCCUGGGGGCGGGAAUCCUCCACCACAUCAACCAGAAGGAGAUGGAGAGGAGGGGGGCGGAGCUGGCCGAAGCGAGGGUGGAGGCGGCAGCCGACGCUCCCGCCAAGAAAACGGAGACGUCGCCUCUCGUCACUCGCAAGAAGGCGGACGCGUUGAUGGCGACGGGCGGCCUGGGCAGCAGGGAGGACGUCGAGUCCGUCCUCUAAGUUGCUUUCGGAAACGGUGCCCAGGACAAACGUCCAGGGGAAAAAGACACAGUGUGCACACACUACUCCUCCUGCACACUGAGCCACAGAUUCAAAUGAAUGUUCUCUAGAUGCCAGAAGUGAAGGUUCUGCCGUUAGUGUCUCAUCUGACCCUCUGUAGCGGACAAGGAGCUGUCCUCGGCAUGAGGGAGGUCAGCUAUCGACCGACAUUAUUUCAACCUGCUGGUGAAACAUUAACUGUUCUGUCUUGGGGUGGAAAGUGCACAUCGCAGGUGUGUGGGGUCCUCAGGACACAGGACUUUCUUCAGGCGCUUCAUCUCAGGGCACCUCCCUUUACUGCAGUGUGACGGCGGUUCUGGUUCCACGUUCCCUGCAGUCACUUUGUCGCUCACAGUUGCGCAGCGAGUCCCGUUUUACCACGAAAUUCCUGUUUACCUGCACUUCGUCGGUGUGUUCCUGUUCCAUGUGGCCCUUGAUUGCAGGCUCACUACUGCCACCUAGAGGUUUCACAUUCUAUAGCCGAACUCCCAUUAAUCUUAUUAUUAUUCUUAGUAUUCUUCUUCUUCUUCUUAUUAUUAUAAUAACAAAGGAAAUUAAAAAGUAAUCAGAGCUGUUCCCUGCCUUCCUGCAGUGACUGAUGGGUCACACUGACUCGUACACAAAUACUUCUGGGCCUACUUUAUUUCUUCAAACAAAAUCAAUGGGAAGGAAGUUUGGAAAUGCUG